CUAAAAAGCAGAGGAAAAACCACAUAAUCUCGUUCACCGCAAACCGCGAUGUCUCCGUUUCGUCCGAUGUCUUCUCUUUCCAUCGGCCUCCUCAUCCUCCUAUGCUGCUUCGGCUUCUGUUUCUCCGCCGACGUUGAGAGUCUGACGGCGUACGAGGUGCUGGAAUCGUACGGAUUCCCGCCUGGGCUGCUCCCUAAGGGUGCCCUCGGCUACGAUCUCGACGGCUCCACCGGCGCCUUCUCCGCCCACCUCAAUGGCAGCUGCAGCUUCUCCCUCGAUGGCUCCUACCAGCUCCGCUACAGCCCCACAAUCUCAGGUCACAUCGCCUCUGGCCGCCUCUCCGGACUCCGCGGCGUCAGCGUCAAGGUCCUCCUCUUCUGGGUCAACAUCAUCGAGGUCCGCCGCCUCAGUGAUUCCCUCCGCUUCUCCGUCGGCAUCGCCUCCGCCGAUUUCGCCAUACGCAACUUCUUCGUAUCCCCCGGCUGCGGCUGCGGCUUGAACUGCCCCGAUGACGACUACGAUGACGUUGCCGAUUUCCCGCUUCGACUUCGUCGGCUCCAUCCGGAUGCGGUAAAGAACUACUAGCGUAUGUCUAAUUUUAGGGUGUUGUUAGUUCCCUUCAAGGUACUUUUACUUUCGCUUAAGCCAUAUGUCUCUAUCGGAUCAGGAUCGGACUAUCUGUGAUUUUCUACUGAAAUCGAAGAUCUUUGGUAAAUAAAUUAAUCAAGUGGAUUGAAACAUCAUAAAUCAA